CCCCGUUAAAGCAAGAUCCAGUCUCUUCACAACUGGAAAAAAAAUUGAAUUCAUGAGCCAGCGGAAGCUUCUUCUGAAUGAAAGAGUCGAGGUUCGCCAAUUUGAGGAAGGGUUGCGAGGAUCUUGGCACCCUGGGGUGGUUGUUGGUGUUUCACAUUUAUUCAGAUCUAUUGAAUAUGAUGAACACUUAUGUGAAUCAGGUGAUUCAAUGCUCAUUGAGUCCAUCCCUGUGACGGAGGCAAUUGAAGGUCUUCAUAGCCGUCGCCAUGUUCCAUCAACCUAUCGAGGACACAUACGACCUCUUCCUCCCUCAUCCCAACCUCAUUCUAAUAAAAACUUGGGUUUUGGGGUUUGUGUUGAUGCAUUUUUUGAAGAUGCAUGGUGGGAAGGGGUUAUAUUGGAUAAUGAUGAUAACGCAUCUGAGCGGGCUGUGUAUUUUCCUGAUGAGGAUGAUGAGUGCAAGUUUGGUGUGAGUCAAUUACGUGUGGCUCAUGAUUGGGAUGAGUUUCUGGGCAUUUGGAGAGACCGAGGUACAUGGAUAUUGGUGGAAUUAGCUAAGGAGCUUGAAGGUACUGUUCCCUUGGCUUGUUCUGUAAAGAAAGUUUGGUUCUCCUUACGCCUAAAUUAUGGGUUUGAAAAGAUGAUAUCUGAGUAGACUUGUAGCAUUCGGACUGUUUGGAGGAAGUACUUCAUGGAAGUUGUUCAGGAGAUUGCAGUUGGGUCAAGCUGGCGAAAUCUUGCUAAUCACAAAAUCUUGGCAUGGACGGUGCGAAAGAAAAGUAAAAAAUCUAAGGAUCCUGGGAAGGAGACUUCCCAUUUAUCUGACACUUUUGCACAAGCAGAAAGCUGCAUUGAUUUCAAGGAUGCUAGAUUAUAUCAAAAAGGAGAGGGAAAAGGUCCUCUUAGUAAGCACAAAAGAAGGAAACAAUAUGUAAUGUCGAAAUCGAAACAUGAGGAGCUAUCUAAUAUGAAUACAUCUUCCAGUAAAAAAUUUCAGGCAGAUAAAUCAUGUGAGGAAAAUCAAUUGAUGGAAUCUGGUAAACUUGAUUGUGAAAUAGACAAGCAAAAGUCUCUUAUACCUGGUGAAAAUGAGAGUAAUAGACUAUCUGUUGACAGCUCAAGAGGAAGU